AUGCCUAUCCCCCGAGCCCGCGAAGAGAUACCGCCUCCCUUGCCUCCCCCGCGCAACAUUGGAAGCGGUCCCGACCUUGGUUGGCAAUUUGGUAACACAAGCCAGAAUGGUUUCGCAAAUAUCAAGCCAGGUUCCAGUCUCCUCGGUACUAUGUUGACUCGGUCUGGCUCCAAACCUCACGACGACAUGAGCUCCGAUAGCCUGGAUGGCCCGAGUGAUGAGGACCGCAGCAUGGCACGGCCAAGUCUUUCCAGUUACAGGCUCACUAGCGAACGACAACUCGAACAGAAGACCCUCGAGAAUUCCUCACAGGCAUACGACAAGCAGCUUCUCUCCAAGAUUGGGGGCCCCAAUACCGCCUCUCCCAUCACCCCAACCCGCACGUCCGCCCCCUCGCUCUCCGUCAGCGCCCAGGAUGUCUCGAACAUUUCCUUCAACAGGCGUAGUAGCGAACUGAGACCGCUAUCGUUACCGGAACGACCGCACCGCUCGAGCGAUUCUCCUAUUGUGCGCUGUCCGCCUUCUGCCACCUUGUCGCCCGGAUACUCUGGCUUUCGUAGUCCGGUUGGUAUCGAGGCAGAGCCAUUUCCGAGGAGGUUUGGCAGUAUAUCGGCUGUCAGCUACUUGGAGGAGCCUACACCGUUGCGGCAGCAUCGGGGUAGCUGUGAUUUUGUGCUGUCUGACUCCGACUUGGGCAUGGAUGAUACUGCCAUACGGGAUCUGAACAUUCGCGAUCGCAGCCCAGCCGCCUUUGAAGACCCCUCGUCGGCAAACAAGGCAGGGCAGAAGCGACGCGCAUCGUCACCUCCAGUCUCAGAGUCCAUGUCCGAGAAUCGGACAGCAGGGGUGACGAGCGCCGAAUUGUUCCAUCGACGUUCGAUUCCAAGGCUGAAUGAGCGCCAUUCGCCCAUGGUUUCGCGUUUCCCAGUACCGCAGGGCCCUGCGUCCGCCGCGUCCUCCUUGAGCCAAUACAAUUCCUCCUUUGCAUCAUCUUUCGCCUUCUCUGGAGCAAGUAGUAUGACGAGCUAUAACGGCGACCAACGGCACUCCCCUGGCGCACUAUCCCCCCUGGCGGAAGCUGAGUCUGGGUCUCUAUCGCCUUAUACAGCCAGUCGCCCCGGCGACUCAAGCUGGCGUGGUUCCAUAUCAAGACCACAUCAGCGUCCGCUACAUGACUACGACCAUCGUAAGAUGUCUACGGAUAGCGUCUUCCAUUCUCGACAUAGUUCUGUCUGCGGUAACAUGUCCGGUCCUUACCAGUGCGACUGCUGUCCGAAGAAGCCCAGAAAAUUCGAAACUGAGGCCGAGUUAGAGAUGCACAGAGCCGAGCGCCAAUUCAAGUGCGCAUUCUGCCCGAACCGGUUCAAGAACAAGAACGAAAUGGAACGGCACCAGCAGUCCAUCCAUAUCCGACGAUACUCCUGGUCGUGCAUCAGAAUUCCAGGGAUACGGGCAGCCUUCUCGCCCUCGCCUUGCAGCCACGGUACCACCGACGUCUGCGGCUACUGCGGGGAAGAAUUUCCCAAUCCCCCCAACUGGACAGCUCGCCAGGAACACGUGAGCCAGGUCCACAAAACUGACGAUGCCUCCAAGUGUAGGCUUUUCUGGCGGACCGACCACUUCCGCCAACACCUGAAGCAUACCCAUGCGGGAACCAGUGGGAAAUGGACGAAUUCGCUCGAAGCUGCUUGUAUCGAGGAGAGGGCGGGUUGGAGGGAGGAGUUGGAUGCGCUUCUUGCCAAUUCGGGGGCAUCGACGUUUGUGCCACCAACGCCUAUUGACGAAGUUUGCGACGAAUCAUGA